AUGUCGCCAAAGAAGACGCAGUCAGGGAUAUUCGCCCCCAGUGAGCUUCUUGGGCGCAUUGAACGGACAAUUACCAUAGGAAAUGGUUCCAACAACAUAACCAUUGUCACUGAAUGCCGUCAAAACGAUAAAUCAGUCUUGCACGCGCUUCUUGUCUCUUCAGAUGCGAUGGCCCGAGCCUCUCAGGUGUGGCGACGCAUGUUUGAAGGUGAAUGGGUAGAGGCGUGUAAAGAUGAGCGGCCUGUCCUAGAUUACAGAGAGGAUAGCCACACUGCUGUGAUGACCUUGAUGAAUAUCAUUCACAUCCAGUUCGGGCAAGUGCCUUCCACUUUAACCCUCUCUGAGCUAAGGAAGAUUGCAAUUUUCUCAGACAAAUGGUUUCUCACCGCCGUUCUUGAACCAUGGGUCCAGAGAUGGGUGGAGCAACUCUCUAUUCUCAUUGACGCAGAAGGGCAUGAGCCUGACUGGCUCUGGAUCGCUUGGGAGUUCGGCAUUACUGCUGUGUUCAACAGGGUCGGCGCAAGACUAGCAUUUGGCGCUCCCAUUCCAGAAGCCAAGCCUGCCUCCUCAGCUUUCACCUUUCCUGGGGGUGCAUUUGGCGCUCCCAUUCCAGAAACCAAGCCUGCCUCCUCAGCUUUCACCUCUCCUGGCGGUGCAUUUGGUGUUUCUAGGCCGCAGGUGUCUUAUCUAAACGAACUUUCCAAAGUGAACACCGUCAGUUCAUUCAGCUCCAUGGCGCUCCCUCCGGGAGUCGAAGAAUCUAUUACGCGGAUGAGGGAAAGGAUGAUCGAGUGCAUGCUGACGGGGCUGUACGAAUACAGCGAAGCAUUGAUCGACUGGGUCAAUGACCCUAACCCCUCUGUUAGCUCUCCCCAGCUUCAGCGGUGCGCCCAUUCCAAACGAGACUGCGUUGCACUCCAGUUUGGGUCAUUGACUCUCGGUUUGUCCGAAGACCUUUGGCCGAGAAGGGAUGCUAAGGACGUCUCACUCAGUCCGGCCCAGUUGCGGACAAGGCUCCUUGAUAUCCAGUUGUCAGAUUGUAAAAACAACGAUUUCAAGCAAACUAUAAGAGACGGACGUCUUUCGUCUAAGCAGGCAAAGGUCUACUGCGGAGAUUUCGGCAAGAUAUUAAAGCGAAUCGAAGAUGUGCCGUUCCAGCAACCACCAUUCGCCAAUGACAUGCAGCUCAACCAUCUGACGGACAGAUUUGCUAUAGUAGGUAUAUCAUGUGACUUCGUGCCGGUUCCUAUAUUUAGGAAACAGAAAACAGGAAACAGAAUAAAUCUCCGUUCAUAG